CCUCAGAAAAAAACCACCCAGGCCCAGAUCAGUCUCAUCGAUGUGUUGCUGAAGGAAAAUGGCUCUCUCACCAAGGCCUUGAGCACCAUGACCCAGGAGAAGGUGGAGCUCUGCAGGACCGUCUCCAAGCUAGAGAAGACGCUUAAGCACCAUCUGCAGAAGGGCUGCGGGCACAUUUAUAAAUACGUGGACCGCAUUGGCACGCUGCAGAAAGCUGACAAGGCCACCUGGAAGCAACAGAAAAUGGCCCUCCCGGGCUCGAGGCACAGCGAGGCGGGGAUGGUGAAAGCCGCCUUUAAGGGCGAGAGCACUCACGGUGGGAGCACCUGCCGCAUCAGGAUGGAAAAGCUCUACCUGCAUUUUCUACGUGCGGAGAGGUUCCGAAAGGCCUUGAUUUACCAAAAGAGGUACCUCCUGCUGCUGAUCGGGGGCUUUCAGGAUUCCGAGCAAGAAACCCUCUCCAUGAUUGCACACUUGGGGGUCUUCCCCUCCAAGAUAGACAAGCGGGCUUUUCCAUCUCGCCCCUUCACCAAGUUCAGGACCGCAGUCAGGGUGGUCAUCGCCAUCUUAAGGUUACGCUUCUUGGUGAAGAAGUGGCAAGAACUCGACCGCAGGGCAACGUUCGUCCAGAGCGGCGAGCUCGACUCGGUCCCAGAGGAAGCUGUUGAGAUUUCAAGGCCGCAGCCGCCCCUGUCAUCAUCGCCGUCGCUCCCAGAAACCACCAGCUCUCCUCCCACGCAGGACCUCCCCCUGAGCUCUCUGAAGGGGAGACGGUCCCCGUCCCCUGCCUGCCGUCUGUGGGACAGAUCCCUCACGUCCCCAAGUUCAAGUGCAGAUGUCUAUGACAGCUCCCAGGACCCCGAACACUCACUGACAGAAUACAUUCACCACCUGGAGGUCAUCCAGCAGAGACUAGGGGGUGUCCAGCCAGGUAGGAGCCAUCCCGGCACUCGCUCACGCCGGGCCGGAAGGGGCCCCUCAGCACCCAAGCAUUUGAAAGGCGAGCCUGGGCCUGGAGGGGACGGGCGGCCAGCUAGUGCCUGUCUCGCUGGAGGAAAAAGCACAGGUUUGGCCACAGACGUUAGUGCCGCGGCCCUCGGAGGGGGAGAUGGCGUCUUGGCUGGCGCUGACUGGCAGGAGCCACCAGGUGACGGGACGCGGACACGGGCAGAGAGGGCUGCGGGAAGGCUGGUGAUGCCGCCAGCCCUUUCUUCUCCGCCUGCUCGCGUAGAGCCACACCAAGUGGAAUGGCCCCUGGGACGGAGUAAAGUGGCCCCCAGAACUGAAGGGGAGGGACUAGGAGGUCGCCAUUCUGGCAGGGUGGCGAGCAAAGACGCUCCCGAAUAUUAGUGGGCCCCUGCCUUUCUCCUUUGCCCGGCGCCCAGGCUGGACAGACCUGUUUGAGAUGGGCACCAGUGUGUGAGAUGGCAGUUUGGGGGGCAGGUCUGGCUCUUACAUCUCGGGGCCCCUGCCCCCAAGUUACUUGAAGGUCCGUUGCUGGGAGCCGUAGAAUCAAGUUGAAGCGAUAAACUGGACCGGGGUCGGCAUCGGAGGGUCCGAUCCUCACGGGCCCUGGAGCUCGGCUCAUGUCUGGGGGGCUGGGGGAGGUGGCCCCCGACUUCCUAGGCUUUUUACCAAAAGGGCCGAGAAAUCGCUAACAAUGCUGUGUUUGGUUUGUGUGCAGCAGAACUGACUUCGAAAAAACCUGCUCACCAGAAGCCCAAAAAAGGGAGCCCCUGAGGGCGGCUCUGCGGGAGGAAGCCACAGAAGCUGGGAUCUCUUAGGUUUUCUCUCUCCUUCUGGGCCCCUUGUCCCCUCCUCUUUCUUUUUUUAAAAAAAGCAUCUUGGUGCUACCGCACAGGAUUGUGGGAAGACCCUGCUCGCGCAUCUUUAUCCACUCUGACAUCAGCCGAAUGCCACGAAUUAAAAGUGUUCUAGUCUCUGUGCGGUGUCUGGAAAGCUUGUGUUGUUGCGUAAGCCUGGAGAGUGCCACGUGCCGGGCUGUGGGCUCCCACGGGCUCCCACGGCACCAGUGAAAUGUAAACUAGCACGUGUCCUCUGCUGUGGAUUUUUCUCGUGUAUAGUUGGGACAUCUUGUAAAAAGUCAUUAAAAGCAAAGCAUUAUUUUUA